AUCUUAUUUUAGUAACAUGUUUGUGUUUCUGUUGUCAUUAAACUAAGACUGAGAAGCCACCACUUUUGGCCUCUUAUCGACUUGUUAAGUACCGUAUUUUCCGCCCUAUAAGGCGCACCUAAAAACCUAAAAUUUUCUCAAAUACCAACAGUGCGCCUUAUAGUCCGGUGCGCCUUAUAUAUGGACCAAAUUCCUAAAUUCAAACUGGCCCGAAGUAUUGUGUCAUGAAAUCAAUCAUAAGUGGCCCGCUGAAGACUAUGAAUCAUGACUCAAAAAGACUAUGGAUCAUUAUUUUAUGAUUAUAAAGUAAUUUGUUCCAUCUGAAGUUGAAAUAAAAAAGAUAAAAUGGAGAAUGAGUAGAAAUCUGACAUGAUGCAUUAAUGGUGCGCCUUAUAGUCCGGUGCGCCUUAUAUAAGGAUAAAGUUUUAAAAUGGGCCAUUCAUUGAAGGUGCGCCUUAUAGUCCGGUGCGCCUUAUAGGCCGGAAAAUACGGUAAACUAGCUCUGAGUGUUCAACUUUGUCUCCAUUUAUCGGCCACUUGAGGAUUGUUGUUAUUUUUAGAAGAAAUUAACUGUGUGUAUUUGUGCGCCCACAUUGGUGCGAGUCAAAUGGCUCUUAUCCACAAGUCACACUACACUCCCUUCCUCUUUCGGGAGCAGCCCGCCUCCCAACCUCCCACAAAGACCGUCCGCUGCUCUCAGGGCAGCCCCGCCUCUGACCCUCCUUUCUCGCGGGCUGCGUGGCUCAGUCGGCGCGGCUCGUGAUGGAGCUCCAUCCCACAGUCGGUCUGCACGCAUACCAGCGGACCCCGCUUGAGCUGCCCUGAAAGCGGCCCCUCCACCACAAGGACUUCUUUCAUACUUCUUUUACUUCUGCUUUUUCUCCCUCUCUCCGUGUUUGGAUGUUUAUGCGAGGGGGCUCGCCGGGCCGUUGGUUUUCCGACAUAAAUCAGCACUUCCCUCCGGUUGUUUGGCUACGUUUUGUUUAUCUGUAGUGAGGAUAAUCAGAGCUUUUGUAAUACGUUUUCGGGGAAGUAGUAAGUCUUUUGGAGUGUAUCAAGAGGGGCGUUAAAUACCGCUGGUAGGUUCCUUCGGAGACGGACGGCUAUGUGGCCCCUUUGGCCCCGCCGGUGUGCUUGUCCGAGGUGAGGGCACGUAACGUGCGGUGAGCUUAUCAUGGGCUGAGUUGUUUUUAUUGCCCAAAGGAUGGACACUGGAGGAAUAGUCAGAUUUUGCUUGGAUUAAUUACGUCUAAAUGUCUCAAUAUUAAGUGUUGGACUAAUAUUAUUUUCAAGGAGUUUGUGCAGUUCCUAGCGCGCCUAGCUCGGUUGAUGAAAAAUGUAAAAACAAAUUAAACACUGGAGUUUAGUCAUAAGUAGUCCGCCAAUCAAACUUUUUUAUUCGAAGGACAGUUGUAACUUUUUGGUACGGUUUCGCGAUUAAGUGGCCGCCUGAUAUCAGCCUCCCCUUUCAUGCGCUUUUUAGGAGUCGUAUAUGUUUAUCGUGGUAGCUUUAACUCUGACGCACGAUUUUGCGAUCAGGGGUUAGUGUCGGACUUUUACAGUCUCCCUUCUGAAUCUGGAGGUAUUUUUUUCCCCCCCAGUCUGACUGCCCCCGCGGCCGGCCGUUCAGGGACUGUGUUUCGCUCCCAUCCCCUCUUCGGACAAUGUGGCUGUCUCGUUUGGCUCUGCUGCUGCUCCUCCGGCUUUCCUUCGCGCUGGUCAAGGGCAUCAAUACUUGCGCCUUCAUCAACCUGGACGAGCAGAAGUCGCGGCGCAUCGAGGCGGUGCGCGGGCAGAUUCUCAGCAAGCUGCGCAUCCAGAGCCCGCCGGACGACGACGACGACGAGGUAGCGGCGGCCGGCGGUACGGUGCCCGCGGAGGUCAUGUUGCUGUAUAACAGCACUCGGGAGCAGCUGAAGGAGAGAGCGCGUCUGGCAGACUCGACAUGCGAACGGGAGAGCAGCGAGGAGGACUACUACGCUAAAGAAGUGCAGAGGAUCGACAUGCUGCCCCAGCGCACGCAAACCAACACAGUUCAGCCGCUGCCACUGGACCCGCAUUACAGAAGCGUCCUGUUCGACGUGAGCAACGUGGACAUGACAAACAGCACGCUAGUCAAGGCUGAGUUCAGGAUCUUCCGAGCCCCUAACCCGCAGGCCCGGGCCUCCGAGCAGAGAGUGGAGAUCUAUCAGCUGCUGAAGCCGGACGAGGAGAGCACGUCCACGCAGCGCUACAUUGACUCUCGCACCGUGCAGCCGCGAGCAAGGGGAGCCUGGCUCUCGGUGGACGUCACAGAAACUGUCAAGGACUGGGUGUCGGAGCCAGAGAAAAAUCUGGGCUUAAAGCUGGGUGUCCACUGUCCAUGCUGCACCUUCGUCCCCGCCACCAACAACAUUGUUCCUAACAAGAGCGAGGAACUGGAGGCUCUCUUUGCAGGCGUGGACGACGAGCAGCUGCGCCUGCUAAAGCAGCAGAGCCAGGUGAAAGGUCAGGCGGACUUCAGCAGCAAAACGCCUCACCUCAUCCUCACCCUGCUGCCCAGUGACCGAGUAGAAAACCCGGCCAAGAGGAACCGCAAAAAGAGGGCGGCGGCUACCGAGGCAGCAACCUGCUCGCGCGGAUCUGAGUCGGGCUGCUGCCUACGCUCGCUCUACAUCGACUUCCGGCGCGACCUCAACUGGAAGUGGAUCCACGAGCCCAAAGGUUACAAGGCCAACUUCUGCGCCGGCAACUGUCCUUACCUCUGGAGCGCCAACAACCACUACAACAUGAUCCUACCGCUGUACAACAAGCUGAACCCCGAAGCGUCAGCAUCACCCUGCUGCGUUCCCCAGGACCUGGAGCCCCUCACCAUCAUGUACUUUAUCGGACGAAGCCCCCGCGUGGAGCAGCUCUCCAACAUGGUGGUCAAGUCCUGCAAGUGUCGGUAGAGACAGACGCGCGUCCGCCCGCUUUCCAUUUGAGGCUGGAAAUAAGUUCACAUCCAUACUGUGCAUACGGCAAGCAGGGCUGUGGACUCGGACUCGGGGACUCGGACUCGGUCAUUUUUGCCGGACUCGGACUCGAUGCUGAUUUUGACCGAGUCCACCGACUCCGACAAUAAAAAAAAUAAACAAUUGUGUUUAUUUUUCGUGCGUAUUUGCUUCGCUUGAGUUCAAUAUGGUUUUUGGUCAAACGCGCAUGUGCGUGAGGGGAAAUCCCGCAAAGGAGGAGGGACAAACAGAGCGAUUGGUUUUGCUGGCUUUUUAAUGAAUGGCGACUGUGACUACGGGGGCCCAUUAGGUCCAGAAAAGCUGACAAGACGCUUGCCAAAAUGGCAAGGAAAAAAUGCACAGCUAAACGAAUAUAUGACGAUGAACACAGGACGUUUUUAACAGAGUUAAAGUUGUUUUUUGUGGAACGCUAUGCCAAGCCAAUCUGCCUGAUAUGUCGGACGUCAUUGGCGCAUUUAAAAGCUUCAAAUGGUCAGCGCCACUUCAGCUCACUUCAUGCCAAUAUCGAUAAGGACUUUGCAAAAGGGACUGAAUUUCGCAAGCACAAGUUUGGAGACUGAAAAGUCAGGCAGAAAAAUAGGUACAGUUUUUCCCAAAAAUUACAAAGCACUCAGAGACUGUCACACUUGCAUUGUUUCAACUGGCUUGGAACAUUGCACGGGCUAAAAAGCCAUACAAUGAAGUGGAGUUCGUUAAAAUAUGCCUCAGUGACGUUAUUGAAUUUUAUUUUCAUCAUGCUGCUGAGAAUGCGCGUAGGAAUACUGUCCACAGCCCUGCUUGCUUGUUAUGAAGACAAAUUUAGUUGUUGCGUGCGCGCCCGCACCUGCCUGCCUGCGUGCGUGCACGUACAAGACCCACAAUGCCCCGCGCGCAGCCAAGGUGGAAGAACCAUGGAGCAGCGAGAGAACAAUGUUUUGGCUCUAGAUUUGGGGGGGGAAACGGAGCGUAAAUUACAAUCAAUGCGGCCACGUUGAGUUGCACUUAGGCUAAUGUUUACAUUAUGUACCAAUGUCAAGGACGAUUAUGUCACCCAGCUUAUAUCAUUGAUGUGUUUCGAUAGUUGUGGGGUCGUCACUAAUUAUUUGUGUUUAGAUAAAUGUCUGAGCUAUAACGGUGUACUUAAUGAUUAAAACUUGAAAGUAUCUGUUUAUUGUAUUCGUUUAUAUGUUUAAUAAAGACAAAGCCAUCACAAAA